AUGAAAAACAAUAAGGACAACAACAAAUAUUUCAGAACAAUUGGGAUACUCCAUCAACUCGGUAAUAUCAAGAAUGCUCCAGAUUCUAUAUGUAACAAAUCAAUUUUAGAAUAUAAAGAUCAAGUAUUGGCAUUAGAUGCCAGUAUGUUUCUGAAAAGAUUUGUGCAUGGUUAUCGUAAAAUAUUUGAUUCUAACAGUAUUUAUUUUGCAACUACAGAACAGGACUAUCAACCUAUAACAGUACAUCCGCAUCCUCAUAUACUUGGUUUUUAUAACCUUACAAUAUUUUUAAAACAACAUAAUAUCAAACCUAUAUUUGUAUUUGAUGGAAAAUUUAGAAUCAAAGAAAAAAGAAGAGAAAUCAUGAGACGUAGGGAAGUUUACAACAAGGCAAUUGAUAAUCUUAAAUUUGAAAAAAUAAGAGUAAACCGAUUGGCAAAAUGGAAAGAUGUUCAUGAAAAGAUGAAGAAUUUAAACGAUGUUAAUUCGGAAUAUAUAAAUACUGGAAUACUUGAUGAGAUGUUUAAUGGAUAUGAAUCGGCUGAUAUUCAAUCAUCAUUAUCAGCUCCAACCAUUGAAGAAAUAAGUAAACCUACCAAGAAAUCUGUUGAACUUGAAUCAGAUCAGAUUGUUUUGCAAACCGAGACAAUCAAAUCCGAUGAAAUAAAACCCGUCGAGUUAAAAUCAGAUCAAGAGAUUCAUGCAUCCCCUUUACAGGAUGAUAUUCCCAUUCCACCUUUACCAACCUCACAAUCAGAUCUAGCUAAACCGUCACCAAUAAAAACAACAGCAGAAUUAUUAUCGUCGCCAUCACCAGCAUCACUAAUAGAAUCUCCAUUGUUAGAAACACCACCAUCAUCACUAGAACUAUCACCACCAACAUUAGAGGCACCGUCGCCAUAUUUAGAUCCAAUAAUAACACCAACAAUAAAUACUAAUAUUUUAGAAAUGAUGUCGAAAAUAGAUAAUGAGAAAACUUUUAAAGAACGACAUCCAGAUUUUGUGCCUUCAUCUGGUGAAAUCCUUUUGAAGGAGAAUGUGGAAGAAAUAGUGAAAUCAACAUUACUGGAUAGUGCACUAUUAACAAAUGAUGAAAGGCUUUAUUCUAGACCUCAACAGAUCAUAGGACAAAUGGAACAAAAAUUAUUGGAUAACGAAGUGGAAAACGUACAUGCUGAAAGUCAUAACAUGGCGGUGACACUUGAAAAUCGAGCAAUGUAUGUUUCAUGGGAAAUGUAUGAAGAUUGUAUUGAAUUUCUAGAGACAUGGGGAUUUCCUUGUAUAGUGACUAAUGACUGUGAAGCAGAGUCAUUAUGUGCUUCAUUAGCGGCAUCGGGAUAUGCGAAUGCAACGGUAUCUGAAGAUAUGGAUACAACAUUGUAUGGUGAUGGAAUCUUGCUAAGAAAUCUUUUUAGCAAGUCAAAACCUAUUAUUGAAAUUUCUCCAAAAAAAGCAAGAGAAUCAUUAGGACUUUCGCAAAGUCAAUUUAUAGAUCUUUGCAUUCUAUGUGGCACUGAUUUUUCUAACACCAUACCUGGUAUAGGUCCUGUAAGAGCAUUUGAUUUGAUUAAAGCAUAUGGAUCCAUUGAAAACAUUUUAAAAAAUCUAAUUGAAUCACAGGGUGCACUCGAACAGGCCCAAGCUGCAAGACAUGUGUUUCAGAAACCACCUAUUAUUACAGAUAAAUAUCUAAAUAAAUUGAAAUUAUUAGAUAAUUAUGAGAAUGCAUUUAAUAAUAUGGAAAAUAAUGAAAAUUUCAAUCAAUUAUUGGUCAAGUAUCAAGUUUAUCUAGCAGAAGAAUCUACAAUAGGUUAUAAUACACUCUAUACUGAUUACUUCAAUCAAUUUGGUGGUGAUGGCACAUAUAACAAUGACGGUUAUAAAGAGUUUAGUUUGGAAAAAGAUAGUAUCACGAUUCCAACAGUAAGUCAAUUAGGACCUGAUCCAUUUUAUACUUUAAAUCCAUUGAUUAUACCUGUGUUGACUAUGACAAACAUGAUGAUGGAAAUAUCACUUGCAAAUCCUGAAGCAACUUCAUCUGAAAUUAUGGGUAAUUUAAAAAAAUUAAAUAUAAUUUAA